UAAGUGACACCACCUUAGGAUUAGCUUACCAUUCAUCAUCAAUCACCACAAACACAAACCACUGUUCCGACUUCGGAGAAAACACCACUUCCGAGUGCACCGUUCUCACCGUCGCUUCCGCCGAUACAGAUCCGAAAUCCGGCAAACAUGGCAGACAGGAUUAGCAUGUUAUCAGAUGAACUCCUCUCUCACAUUCUCUCAUUUCUCCCAACUCAACAAGCAGUUACCACAAGCGUUCUCUCAAAGCGAUGGAAACCCCUCUGGAUCUCAGUCCCCGUUCUCGACUACGACGAAGAAAUCUACCUCAGGAACAAGGAAAAACCUCAACCCCAUUUUUGCUUCGAAAGGUUCGUACACGCAACCCUUCUAGCCAGAGAUUUCCACCAACAACCCAUCACAAGCUUCCGUCUCAAAUAUGGUGUUUCUUGUGCUGCCCCCAAUGUCGGUCAUCGCCACGCGAACGCCGAUGUCAAUGUUUGGGUAAACACGGCUGUACGACGCGGGCGGGGGAUUGAGAAUCUUGACAUUGAGAUGUUUUCUCGAAAUUAUAUUAGUUUGAGCUGCUGCAUUUUCAGCUGUAGAACUCUUGUUGUUCUUAAGUUGAAAGGGCUAUAUCUUACUGAUUAUUGUUCUGUUGAACUUCCCUCACUUAAAUCCCUAUAUUUGGUUCAAGUUGAAUUUGUAGAACCUCAAAAUCUUAUGGAGCUUCUUUAUGGGUGUCCUGUUCUUGAGUAUUUGAAAACAUAUGAUAUGUAUUAUGUUGAUGAGGCUGAUUUCUGUGAGGAAGGCUUUAAAACCUUACCCAAGUUGGUCGCGGCGGAUCUGCAUUUUUUGGGCGUGACUCGUAUCAAUAUUAUUCUGAAAGCAAUGUGUAAUGUGGAGAUUUUGAGCAUUAAACAGAAUGAAGUUGAUGAUGGGGUGCCUGAAUUUCGUCAUGUAAGACAUUUGUCCCUCUUCUUGGAUACUCAUAACUGGCAUUGGGUGCUUUUGAUGCUCAAGAAUUGCCCCAAGCUUCAAAGUCUUGAACUUGAUUUGCUUUUUUCUUUUGACGUUGAGGAUGUUCUACCUGACUCUCAUUUUGUUGUUCCUGAAUGCCUAACAUCACACUUUACUAAGUGCUAUCUCAAACAUUACGGUGGCACGAAAAGUGACCUACAAUUUGCAAAAUAUAUUAUGGAAAAUUCAACAUCCUUACUGUCCCUGACAAUUCACAGUGCUUCAAGUAAUCCAUUGAAACAACUUGAAGAGCUACAGGAUUUAGCUUUAUGCCCUAGGAGAUCUGCGUCGUGUCAACUUUCAUUUUCAUUUGAAUGAAAGGUUU